AUGACUGCGACAGCUUCUGUUGAGGAAAUGCAAGCCAAGAAGAACGCUUCCAGGGUCAGAGUACCAAAAGUGCUAGAUACCAGUGUUGAGGAGAGCUCAUCAGAAGAUGAGCAAGUCACACGAAAAGAAACUGCCAAGGGACGUAAAGAGCAAAAACGGGACCAAAUAGCUUCUAGGCAAAAGAGCUUAAAGUCCAUAAUAUCGGAGAACAUUGCCAAAAAGAAGGCGUCGCCCCUCUUCCCUUCAGAAGAUCAGCCAAUGACCACUUGUGAACACAGUGAUUGUGUCUCGAAGUUGCAGAGAUCAAAAAGAAAGCACAAGGAGGUACACGCCAAGAACAGCGAGCUGGAGCAGGAAAAUAAGAAACUCAAGACAUCAGUUCUUGAGUUGCAAAACUUAAAUAAAGACCUCCAACAACAGCUAUUAAAGACUCUGAGUGAAAAAACACAAGGUAAGCUAUGGGAAGAUCAAAAUCAAAAGUUUCUACAUCUUUUGGGCAGCAGAAUUAAAGUCGUGUCUAAAAAUCCACCAGCAAAACAACGAUCCGAGGAGCUGGUUGUUUCUACUGAAGAUAGUGAAGCUAGUAUCUCACAAGCCUCCAAUUAUGUUGAAGAGGAUGGAAUGAUUUCAAUUGGUGCUGGGAUCAGCUUGACAUCUAUCCAGUGGGAUGCACUGCAAUGCCAGAAAAAGCAUUCACUCUUCGUCAAAGGUCUGGCUGUGGCAGUUUGGGGGACUGGCAAUUUGAAAGACAGGUCGGUUGAGGGAAAAGUGUGUCCCCGAUACAAAUCAACACGCGAAGCCAGGGCUCCCUUAAGUCCCCAGAAGGUCAAGGCUAUGAAAGGUAUGUGUAUCCAAUUUCACUGGUUUAGAGUUGAACACAAAUUCAUAAACAAUUACUGCAGUUUCAGACAGACAAACCUAAAGAUGAAUUACCCGAUCUUCUGAAUGAGAAGAUGGAAAGAAGAACAACAAAACGUAUAGCCUUGAUUCAAGUCUGUUGGCGUAGUGUACCCCGGCCCGGUGCGGCACGAUUUAGCAACAACUGCAGUGCAUACACUGUAAAAAGUGGCCGCACUUCAUGCACUUGUAGGUGCAUGGGAAUUGGUACAAGCUGCACAUGAAGUGUGCAUGUAGUUGCAUAUUGACACCUGAGAAGCUUGAUGCGAUGUGAAAUAGCUGAAGAGCAACACCUCAUGUGCUUGAUGAAGCAGUGAUGUACCUGAAGUGAUAGCUAAUACAGAUUUUGACUAUACUUAAGGCACUUGAGGUACUUAGGAUUAGCGUAUGUGUGUCAUUUCAUACCUCACGUGUAUUAAAACUCUCACCUCAGCCAACGGCCUUCAGCUGAGCAGCUUCUUGGCACACCUGAAGCACAUCAUGUAUUUAACACACCAAAACGUGUACUACCUCAGGCGCCAAGGUAGCACCUGGUGCACUAUGAAUACCGCGCUUAUUAAAAUACACUACAAAGUGAAGUACCCCAGGCGACGAGGUAGCACCUGAUGUACUAUAUGAAUACCCUACUUACACAAAUAGACAAGAAGUGAAGUACCUUAGGCGCCAAGGUAGCACCUGAUGCACUAUGAAUACCGCGCUUAUAUAAAAUACAUAAAUAAUUGAAGUACCUCAGGCGCCAAGAUAGCACCUCGUGCACUAUAAACACCGCACUUGUAAAAAUACACCAAUAAUUAAAGUGCCUCAGGCGCCAAGGUAGCACAUGAUGUACUAUGAACACCGCGCUUAUAAAAAUACACCACAAGGUGAAGUACCUUAGGCAACAAGGUAGCACCUGAUGCACUAUGAAUACCACGCUUAUAAAAAUAUACCACAAAGGGAAGUACCUCAGGCGACGGUAGCACAUGAUGCACUACGCCUAAAAAAACCACACACAUCAGAAUUGAAGUAUUGCAGGUGCCAAUUGGUAGCACCUGAUUCACUAUGAAUACCUCGCUUAUAAAACAACACAACCAUAAAGUAUUUCAGGUAACAAGGUAUAGCACUGAUGUAUUAUGAAUAGGCCUA